AUGAGCUACAUCCUGGUGCAAGUCCUGCCUCCUCAGCCCGACCUGCCACGGCCUCGCUUCUCCCUCUACUUGUCCGCCCAGCUGAAAUAUGGUGUCGUGGUGGUCUACCACCACCAGUGUGCCAUUUUGCUGAAGGACCUCCAGUCCAUUGUUGACCAGCUGUUGAAGCAUAGCAGGUCCAAGACGCUGGACCUGGGGGGACCGGGCAGACAAAUGAUGCUCUCCACGGAUGCUCUGUCUCACCUGAACGAGAUUGACGGGCCUUUGGACCCGUUCUUUGGAGAGAUGGCCGAGUUCCUGCCGAGUGCCAGCGCUCUGAUGCAGGAGGAGCAAUCUCCUGAGCGACGAGCCUCCUCCACAGAGCAUGAAGCGACCCCGACCGGCUUCGCUUCAUCUGAGAGCAGACACACCGUGUCCCCACAAGACAUCACCAUCGCAGAGCCGCCACCCGCCGGCGCCCCUCUGCCCGAGUUCUUCGACGAAGAGCUGGAACCCACUACUACGGAUACACUUGACUUUCUGAUGGGCCAGAAUGACAACUUCCUCGACGAUCUGUUGAGGGCACCGGAGGAGGAAGCAAAGAUGUCACCAGGCAAAGAAGUGGAGGUCGCGCGAGAGAGGGAGUCGGAGCUCGAGAGAGAGGCCACAGCCAGCACUCUCAACGUGGAUCCUGCGAGUGUGUCCAGCCGGGACCGCACCUUGCCUACCCAGGAUGAGCCUCGCCCCCUCGCUGAUCAACAGACCCCCGUCGGUGUCUCACCGCCAUCCUGGUUGCUUCCGACAGCUAUGGCGCAGAUCCCGGACUCAGAGGAUGUGCCCCGCCCAGAGGAGACGACGAGGAAGAGGGGGAGGCAGCUGAUCUUCUUGGACCCGCACACGCAGCUCUCCAGAGAUGAGAUGGAGUCGCAGAUCCAGAACCCCCUCACGGAGACCAGGGUGCGGCCGUUUCUGCCGCCAGAGUCGUGGAGGCUGAAACGUGCCGGGAAGCUGCUCAGCGAGCCCUGCGGCGUCUUGCCUGAAGAGUUGAUGUUGCUAUGGAGACAGGCAACCACCAUCACGCCCAUGGUGGAAACUGAGGCUUGGCCCCAAGACAGAGCCACGGAGUCCAGCGGGUCCAAGAAAGACCUUGGGAUUGGCUCUGACAGCAGCGCUCGCGAGGUGCAGAAAGACGGAGCAGAACAGGAGGAGGCGCAGGAGGGCUCAGGUCCUGGUUCAUUUCCACUGGAGGCGGCGGACCAGCAAGAGGCCUCCCAGAAUGUCUCGCCCAUUUACCCACUGGGGCAAGAAAGGUAA